AUGGUGAGAUCUUUCCUGAUCAGCAGAGGACUGGAACCACGGGGAGGUGAAGACUCUGCACUGCUAGAAGGGACAGGUUCCAUCUACCCUCAACCCUGGUUCCUGAUUCGACCGUUGCUCUGCGCUCAACCCAAAGAUCUCAAGGCUGCUGCAACAGACUUGGUGAAUGGACAAAGUUCACUGAGUGAUGUAGAUCUGAGUGUUUGGAAGACAACAACCAGUUCUGCUUUGCUUCCAUUCAGAAGAGGAUUUUGCCGUACAAAGACAAAGACUCUGACUAAGGACAUUGAAGAUUUCUGUUGCCGAGAUCUUUCAUCAUCUGGAUGGCCUCAGUUCUUUACUUCGCUUUGCUCCUCUCUGAGCUGCGUUCUCUGCAACGGAGUCAAAGCUGCAUGUGUUCCUUUAUGCCCGACUGGUUGGUCUGAGUAUGGAAAUCGCUGUUUCCUCUUCCAGAGUACUGAGACGGACUGGGCUACUGCUGAGCUUGCCUGCAAUAUUUUAGGUGCCAAUCUGGCCUCCAUCCACAGCAGCGGUGAGCACAGCUUCCUCAAGAAACUGGUCAGAUUUGAGGUAGGAUCGUUCCAGAGAACCUGGGUCGGAGGCCAUGAUGGUGAGAAGGAGGGUGUGUGGCUGUGGAGUGACGGGUCAGAGUUCAGCUACGUCAAGUUUGACAACGAGCAACCAGACAACUCUGGUGGAAAUGAACACUGCUUGGAGAUCAACUAUCCAGGAGAGGCUUUUCUCAUGAAUGAUGAAAAAUGCAGCAAAACACAUGCCUUCAUCUGUGCCAAAAAACCCUAACUCCUCCUCCUCUUCCUGAGAAAUCCAACAUGACCAUGUGACCUUCUCACUGGUGAUGUCACUUCCUCCAGGAUGUGACAUGGCGUCGCUGCUGGAAGAUACAAGGAUAAAAUCUGAUUUCAAAUAAAUCUGUUGCAUGAA